AUGCAGAUUUUGUUUCAUUGUCAGCGCAAUUUUUCGGAGGUGAGAAUACACGAGCUGUAUGCCAAGUUCGAAAAUGGUUUUGACAGUUCUGGUGCAUCAGCGCUGAAUCCUCAGUCAAUGACGGUGGGAGGUGCAUCAACUUCGAUGCCUGUCGUUGCAGCUGGGGGUCCUUUGGCUGAACCUCCAUCUGUUCCACGAGUGGCAACUAGGUCACCUGGUUUAAUUCCUAGACUGUUUGGUGAGGGUGAGCUGGAUCAUGUUGAGAAUGAGAUGCGAGAGGAUGAUCCGGAGAAUGAGUCAGAUCACAUAUUGGGAGACACUGAGGAGGAUACUCCCAGGACACCACCAGCAUGUCGGGGACCAUCGAGUUCUGGUUCAGGCCAACAACUGCCACAUUUCUCGACCUUGAACUUGGAAGCAAUCGGCCAGCACCCGGAUAUAGAUCCCACUUCCAGAAGCCAGGGGUUACACAAGGAAAAUCCUUCUGGAGACUUUCAGAUUGGCCAAUCUUUCCAGACUAAGGAGGAAGUUGUGUUGAGUGUUAAGGAUUAUAGCAUCCGUCGUGGAGUUCAAUAUCGGGUGAUGGAGUCAAAUCAUCUGAAAUUUCAUGGGAGAUGCAAGGAGUUUGGGAAUGGCUGCACGUGGUUGAUUCGCAUCACACUUCGGCAGCGUAAGGUGAUUACGAUAAAGGUGUUGCAAGAAGCUACGGAGGCAACGUAUGGAUUCAGGCCUAGUUAUAGGAAGGUGUGGAUGGAAAAACAGAAGGCAGUUGCACAGAUAUACGGGGAUUGA